CUGCUUCUUCAGAGCUCCUGGGCUCUAGGGUCCUGGGGUCUGUUCCUGUGGGCAAAGUGGCCUGACUUGGCGGGAGGCGCGGCCCAGUGAGGGUUGUACCUCCUAGGGCGGCCCCGGGACGCCAGUUUUGGAGGCAGGGGUCACUAGGGUUGUGGAGAAAACUAUGAACAUAUCAGAGAAUGUGCUCUCUACGGGGUCCUCAUUAGCAUCUCAGGUUCAUGCCGCUGCAGUUAAUGGAGAUAAAGGUGCCCUUCAGAGACUCAUUGUUGGAAACUCUGCUCUUAAAGACAAAGAAGACCAAUUUGGGAGAACACCACUUAUGUAUUGUGUGUUGGCAGACAGAUUGGACUGUGCAGAUGCCCUUCUAAAAGCAGGGGCAGAUGUCAACAAAACCGACCAUAGCCGGAGAACAGCCCUCCACCUUGCAGCCCAAAAGGGAAAUUACCGCUUUAUGAAACUCUUACUCACUCGCAGAGCAAACUGGAUGCAGAAGGACCUAGAAGAGAUGACGCCUCUGCACCUGAGCACUCGGCACAGGAGCCCCAAGUGUCUAGCGCUCCUGCUGAAGUUUAUGGCGCCCGGGGAGGUGGAUACACAGGACAAAAACAAGCAAACAGCUCUGCACUGGAGCGCCUACUACAACAAUCCCGAGCAUGCGAAGCUGCUCAUCAAGCAUGACUCCAACAUCGGGAUUCCUGACGUGGAGGGCAAGAUCCCCCUCCACUGGGCAGCCAACCAUAAAGACGCGAGUGCCGUGCACACAGUGAGAUGCAUCCUGGAUGCCGCCCCAACAGAGUCUUUAUUGAACUGGCAAGACUAUGAGGGCCGCACACCUCUGCACUUCGCAGUUGCUGAUGGAAACCUAACGGUGGUGGAUGUCUUGACCUCCUAUGAAAGCUGCAACAUAACGUCUUAUGACAACUUAUUUCGAACCCCACUUCACUGGGCAGCCUUACUAGGCCAUGCACAGAUUGUCCAUCUCCUUCUGGAAAGAAACAAGUCUGGAACCGUCCCUUCCGACAGCCAAGGGGCAACACCCUUGCACUAUGCAGCUCAGAGUAAUUUUGCUGUGCUUCAUUACCAUGGGCCAGACGUGCCCCACCACUGCGCUGUUUCCAAUAAAGUCUUCUUGCAGGAAACAGUUAAGGUGUUUUUAACGCAUCCUUCAGUGAGAGAUGAUUCUGACUUGGAAGGAAGAACAUCUUUCAUGUGGGCAGCAGGAAAAGGCAGUGACGACGUGCUCAGAACUAUGCUCAGUUUAAAAUCGGACAUCGACAUCAACAUGGCGGACAAAUAUGGAGGCACAGCUUUACAUGCCGCUGCCCUUUCUGGCCACGUCAGCACCGUGAAGUUGUUAUUGGACAAUGAUGCCCAAGUAGAUGCUACUGACGUCAUGAAACACACUCCACUGUUCCGAGCCUGCGAGAUGGGACACAGAGACGUGAUUCAGACGCUUAUUAAAGGCGGAGCACGAGUCGACCUGGUUGACCAAGAUGGACAUUCACUUCUACACUGGGCAGCACUGGGAGGAAACGCUGACGUCUGCCAGAUCCUGAUAGAAAACAAGAUCAACCCAAACGUGCAGGACUACGCGGGAAGAACCCCACUUCAGUGCGCUGCAUAUGGAGGGUACAUCAACUGCAUGGCUGUGCUCAUGGAGAACAAUGCAGACCCCAACAUCCAAGACAAAGAGGGACGAACAGCUCUGCACUGGUCCUGUAACAACGGCUACCUCGAUGCCAUUAAACUACUGCUGGACUUCGCUGCUUUCCCUAACCAGAUGGAGAACAAUGAGGAGAGGUACACACCCCUUGACUAUGCAUUGCUUGGUGAGCGCCAUGAGGUGAUCCAGUUCAUGCUGGAACACGGUGCCCUGUCCAUCGCAGCUAUUCAAGACAUCGCUGCCUUCAAAAUCCAAGCGGUCUACAAAGGAUACAAGGUCAGAAAAGCCUUCCGAGACCGGAAGAACCUCCUCAUGAAGCACGAACAGCUGAGAAAGGACGCUGCAGCUAAGAAACGGGAGGAGGAAAACAAGCGGAAGGAAGCUGAACAGAAAGGACAGCCGGACACAGAUCCUCCCAGGCCCCAAGUCCUCCCCUGUCCACCCAGCCCCCAGAAUGAGCCCAGUAGGCAGAGCGCAGCCCCUAGCAAACAGCCACCUGCUAGCCACACAGUCCAGAGCCCCGACCCAGAGCAGGGCAGGCCUGCAGGCCAAUGUCCAGGCAGAGCCUCCCACAGGGAUUGUUCCUCAGACCUUCAGGGAACAGCCUCCAGAAAGCCGAGUGAAUCCCCCAGGGAGCACUGCAGAGGCGCCUCUGCCGGCGUGCACCCCAGAUCCUGCGAGGAUGGUGAUAGCUACAGGCAUCAGGGAACAUCCUCUGCGGAGAAGUGCAGAGGUGAGACCAGUGGCGAACACCAGCGGUGUGAGCAGGGCCCAAGCAGAGCCAGGCAGCCCGUGUCCACUGGGUCAGCGGGGCCUGCCGAGAAAGGAGAGGACUCCAGCCCUGCCAUUACAAGUGCUUCCCAGCGGGACCGCCCCCGGAAACCCAGCAAGAGACAGGACGGGGCGCCCAGGUCCAGAGGUGCGUCCCAGAAAAGACGCACCCAUCAGCUCAGAGACAGGUGCUCCCCCGCUGGGUCCAGCCGGCCUGGCAGUGCUAAGGCGGAAGUUGCCCGCGCUGAUCAGAGUUCUGUCCACCAUGACACACCAAGAAACAAGGUGACCCAGGACAAGCUUGUAGGAGGGGUCUCCUCGGAUGUGCCACUCAGCACAGAAGAGCUGGGGUCAGGAUGCCAGAAGCUUUAUGAGGACCUGUGUGCAUCUCCGGAGAACAAUGUGGCUCACGGCCCCCGACCUGGACAGAGUGUGAAUAUCCACCUUCUUCCCGUAGAACAGCGCCUGCUGAUAAUCCAGAGGGAACGGAGCAGGAAGGAGCUGUUUCGGAGAAAAAACAAGGCAGCGGCCGUCAUCCAGCGAGCUUGGCGAAGCUACCAGCUCAGGAAGCACCUCUCUCGGCUUCUGCAUUUGAAGCAGCUUGGAGCCAGAGAUGUGCUCAGAUGUACUCAACUGUGCGCAGCCCUGCUCCUCCAGGUUUGGAGGAAAGAACUGGAGCUCAAGUUCCCAAAGUCCAUCUCAGUAAGCAGAACAUCAAAGAGUCCAUCCAAAGGCAUGUCGGCCGCAAAGUCCGCCAGGCACUCAGUGCUCAGGCAGAUCUACGGUUGUUCUCAGGAAGGGAAAGUACAUCAUCCCAUCAGAUCUCCCAAAGUCCCUCCUGUGCUUCAUCUCAGUUCAGUGAACAGUUUGCAGUCUAUACAUCUUGACAGCAGUGGAAGAUCAAAGAAGUUUUCUUACAAUCUGCAACCAGCCAGUCAAUCAAAAAACAAGCCAAAGCUUUGAGCCUGAAGGAAGAUCAAAACCAGUGUGGACUUCGGCUCUGUGAACUCUUAAUUAGGACACCGAAGUCCUCAUUCCCCAACAUAUGUGGUCAGAGGCAGCGUUCAGAUGUUUUCUCCUGGGUACUCCUACCAGCAUACUUUUCCAUUCCUCUUGGCACGCACUGAAAAGGACCAGAGCAGAGUGCGCGGAUGGACCGCCGAGCUGUGCGCCUCACCUCAGCCGGCGUGGCUGGAGAAGAGAACUGCCACGCUCCUCAGUGUAACAGACAACACCUGCACUAAAGGAGCCGUGGGCCGGGAUUUCUCACAGCUAACCUGCACAGGCCUGGCCUCUUCACCCUAGGAAACCUGGGCCUCAGCGGCCACCUUCAAUUCUUUACUUCCCUGGAACAUACUGUGUGACAAACAUCACAAGAGACAGUUUAAAUUUUAGAUCGAAAUCAUGGCUUAGUGUUUGCAUUAGAAACCACCCAUUGUACUAAAGCGGAACUGAGGAGUGCAUUCUGGGGCUUCCUUACAGUUUUCAGUUUCCAAAUUGGCCCUGGAAGACGACGCGCUGCAGCUGUGUGCUCUCCCUGACUGGGGCUUUCACUGCUGAGAGGCACCGAUGACAGCACAGCACCAAGAAGUCGGUAGACAGGUUGACAGCACAAUGCGCCAACCAACUCUGGCUUCUCUUCCCCUUUGCAUCCUGACCAACUUGCAGAAGAAAAUAACCUUCCCCAAAUGCAAUUUCUUUUGUGAAAGUAACCCACAUUCUAGCUUUCUAAGAAUACUUGCCUUAAAUAAAGUCUAGUGAUUAUGGACUUUUACAGAGGCAGAUAACAUCAGGUCAUUCCUGUGCUAACACUAAAGGACAGGAAUUUACGUCAUUUAAUCACAAUGACUUUGGUAUAGUAAAUUAUAUUCAAAAUUUUGGAGACAGGUUUAUCUAGACAGGAUCACAAAGAUUCAUUGGUAAGUGAAUGAAGGCACCAUAGAUCACUGUAUGUCUUAUAAACAUUUAGCUUUUAUGAAAUUCACAAUGUUCUACUGCCUGUCCUUGUAUCAUGUGCUAAUCCACGCAAACAGAGUGAGAUCACUAAGAACUCUUAAACCUUAUUUUCCCACUUUUGUAAGAAGGAAGCUCACGAACAACUUCUUUAAAAGUUGAGUUUAAUGGCAAAUAUUUGUUACAUCAGUCUCUCUUCAAAAUAAAAUGAAUGUGCAUGAACAAUUAAUUUCAAACAGGAGGUGCCAUGGUGCUUCUUUAAUACAGUGCAUUCAAUAUACUAGGCCCCUGGGGAUGGCCACUGAUGUACACACUGAAGCAGUAAUGUAAGUCUGUAAGCCACUGCUCCUGAACACUGCCACUCUUCAAAGUCUGCAGAGAAAAACAAAAGGCACUUUAGUUUGAGAACUGAACUACCUGACAUUUUUCAUGGCCUCCAUAAAAGUAUCCUCCUCCACCACCAGCUGGAGAACAUACAUGGGCUGGACCUACGCCUCCCUGAACACAGUAUGCAGCAGACGUGUAGCCUCAUCUUCGUGUGGGUCCUGAACAAUGGGAGCAAGGGCUGUCCCAGAAAUUGUUGCCUAUACAUGAAACAUGUCCUCUAUAGCUGGGCUCCCUUGUCUGGCCUCAGCGGGAGUGGAGAAACCUAUCCUCCCAGAGGACUUGAUGUGCCAGGGUGGAAGGAUACCCAGGGGUGUCCCCACCCACUCAGAGGAGAAGGGGAUGGGGGAGGAAUUGUGAGAGGGGGUGUAGGUAGGUAGGGUAGUAAGCAGGAAGUAAAAAGUGAGUAAGAAAUAAAAGUUAAAAAAAUAUUCUAUAAACUAGAAGAAAUCUUAAAAUAUAAAACAAACCAAUCAACUAUUGGGAGUUACUAUAGCCAGUGAAAAUGCCUACUCUUUACGAAAAUUUGAAAUUAUAAAUGGGCCCUAAGGCUUUGGUAUCUGAAUAAUUUUUCCCGAGUAGUGCUGCUGUUUGGAAGGUUCUUUGGACAGAGCCCACUUGUGGUCCAGGCUCUCUACUUCCUGACUCACUGAGAUAUAACUCCACCCAGCAAACUCCCACUGCCGCAAAUGUACCCCAGCCACAGUGUUUACCCCAUGACAAUAGAGUGCCUGCCCGCUCAAAUUGUCAAAUACAGUGAGUCCUUUAAGUUGGAACUGUGAUUUGGUUAAUGUGACAAGAGAAACAGUAUGUGCCCCUAAGAAUAACAAGUUCUUUGCAAAUCUGUUCCUUCCUGGACAUGCUGGAGACUAAUAAAAAAUUUUAUGGACAACCAUC